AGCACAAAAAAGAAAGAAAAUCCAAAGCCAAAAAAAAAUUAAAAAUUAAAAAUUUGCUGUCUCAUGCAUCUCAGAUUCUCAGGUUUGGAUAAAAUCAAAAAGAUAAACUUUGGUGUAAGAAAGAAAGAGAGAGAGAGAAAAAAGGAAAAGCAACGAGACGAUACGUUCACGUUCUGGUUCACACUUUCACGAGCCUAUCACCGACCCUCUGCACCUGCAACUGCAACUUCCAACUUCUACUUCAACUUCAACCACUGCAAGCUCUGAAAGAAGAAGAAAAAAAAAAUAUCCCCAUUUGGUUUGGUUGGUGAAAGUUGCAACCUUUUUUCACGGGCUCAAGCUGAAGUAACUUUUUAACUUGGCAGUCUCUUUUUUUCAGCAUCGACCAUCGUUUUGUUUUGCAAAGAUCUGAUCUGGGUCGUGGAUAUUUCAAUGUGAAAGUUAAGGUUUUUUUUGUUGGGGUGUUGGUGUUUUUGUUGCAUAAUAGUAUAAUAGAAAGAAAAAAAAGGUGGGAUUUUUAAAAGGGGUGGUGGAUAUGGAUCGUUCUGCUAUGACUGUUGGGCCAGGAAUGGAUAUGCCGAUCAUGCAUGACAGUGACAAGUAUGAGCUGGUCCGUGAUAUUGGGUCUGGGAAUUUUGGGGUGGCAAGGCUCAUGAGAGACAAGCACACUGAGGAGCUUGUUGCUGUCAAGUAUAUUGAGAGAGGUGACAAGAUAGAUGAAAAUGUACGAAGGGAAAUUAUAAAUCACCGAUCACUGAGGCAUCCCAAUAUUGUCAGGUUCAAGGAGGUUUGUUCUCUGAACUCUAUCAUAUUAACCCCUACACAUUUGGCUAUUGUGAUGGAGUACGCUUCUGGGGGAGAGUUAUUUGAGCGGAUAUGCAAUGCAGGACGGUUUAGUGAAGAUGAGGCACGCUUCUUCUUCCAACAACUUAUAUCAGGGGUUAGCUACUGUCAUGCAAUGCAAGUAUGCCAUCGUGACUUGAAGUUGGAGAACACAUUGUUGGAUGGUAGUCCAGCUCCUCGUUUGAAGAUUUGUGAUUUUGGGUAUUCAAAGUCCUCCGUGCUACAUUCACAACCUAAAUCUACAGUCGGUACCCCUGCAUACAUUGCUCCUGAAGUUUUGCUUAAGAAGGAAUAUGACGGCAAGAUUGCAGAUGUGUGGUCUUGUGGGGUGACCUUAUAUGUCAUGUUGGUGGGUGCAUAUCCUUUUGAGGAUCCAGAGGAACCUAAAAAUUUCCGGAAGACAAUUCAUAGGAUUUUGAAAGUCCAGUACUCAAUUCCUGAUUAUGUUCAUAUAUCUUCUGAGUGCCGUCAUCUAAUCUCUAGGAUCUUUGUGGCAGACCCUGCACAGAGAAUAAGUAUUCCCGAGAUUCGAAACCACGAAUGGUUUUUGAAGAACCUGCCGGCCGAUCUCAUGGUUGAGAACACGAUGAACAGGCAAUUUGAGGAGCCUGAUCAACCAAUGCAGAGCAUUGAAGAAAUCAUGCAGAUAAUCAGUGAGGCUACAAUUCCUGCAGCCGGAACUCAGUCUCUCAACCAGUAUCUUACUGGUAGCUUGGACAUUGAUGACGACGACAUGGACGAGGACCUAGAGACCGAUCCCGACCUCGACAUUGAUAGCAGUGGAGAAAUAGUUUAUGCAAUAUGAGCUGCUGGCAGACAAUGCAAACUGACUUCUCUGAUCAAUUUAUAUAUAUAGUAUGCCAUGGGUUGUUCAAAGGGUUUGGAAUAUCUGGAAGGAAAAGAUUUCACAUCUGAAGGGAAGGAUUCUGUGAAAAAGUUUAUGUUGUGAGGAUCAUUCCUGCUUAUAGUCAAUGGUCCUUUCAUGAUUACAUGCUGCUUUGUAUUGAUAGUGUGUCAUUGUUAUAUUAUGAAGUGGUUGCCUUUCCCUUUUCAUUUCCUUGGAAUUAGUACUUUGUUCUCGUCA